GGAAAGCAGUUGUAAGACAGGUGCCCUCGGUUCAUUCUCGGCGAGGGGCAGCAGUUGCCUGUGUGCCAGCGAGUGGGAAGCGUGCGUGGAUUUCUUUUUUUACUUGAUUUCUUCUCCCCCCCCUUUUUUUGUGUUGCAUUUCAGCCCCUUUCCCGACGCUUUUUUUUUAAACAAUUAUUUUGGGGGGUUUAUUUUUUUACGGAGCCGUCAUUCGGUGGCUGGAUGGCGUGGGACAGGUGUAACCAGGACUCGGUGUGGAGAGAAUUAGAGUGUGCUGCCUUGGUUGGCGAAGACCAGCCCCUCUGCCCAGACCUUCCCGAACUCGACCUCUCCGAGCUAGACGUCAGCGACCUCGACGCCGACGGCUUCCUGGGCGGCCUCAAGUGGUACAGCGACCAAUCGGAGAUCAUCUCCGCGCAGUAUGGCAACGAGGUGUCCAAUCUUUUCGAGAAGAUAGAUGAAGAAAAUGAGGCCAACUUGCUGGCAGUGCUUACAGAGACCUUGGAUAGCAUCCCAGUGGAUGAGGACGGUCUGCCUUCGUUUGAGGCUCUGGCAGAUGGGGACGUGACCAAUGCCAGUGACCAGAGCUGUCCGUCCUCCCCCGACGGCUCGCCUCGCACCCCAGAGCCCGAGGAGCCUUCCCUGCUGAAGAAGCUCCUUCUGGCGCCCGCAAACUCCCAGCUCAGCUAUAAUCAAUACACAGGUGGCAAGGCACAGAACCAUGCAGCCAGCAGCAACCACCGCAUCCGACCACCACCUGCCGUCGUCAAGAUGGAGAGUCCCUGGAAUGGCAAAGCAAGAGGGGUCUCCAGCCAACAGAACCGCCCUCUGAGGCGGCCUUGCACAGAGCUGCUGAAGUACUUAACAGCCACCGAUGACAUCCUGCUCCACACUAAAGCCAACGACGCCAAAGGCAGCUGGAGCGGCGCCCCCGGCAGGGACAAGAGCAGCCUGGGUCUCGGCGCCUCCUCCUCUUCCUCCUCGCCGUCCUCAUCAUCCACGUCCUCCUUCUCCUCCCUGUCCUCCACUUGUUCUUCGUCCACCACCGCUUCCAAGAAGAAAUCGGCCGUGCCGCCGCAGCCGCCGCAACCGCCGCCACAGCAGCAUCACCAGCGAGGUGAGAGCCGGGCUGCAGGCGAUUGUAGUGGGGCUGGGAAGUGGCAGCGUUGCGCUAAGGAUGACGGGGUUGAGGAGUCGGAGGGGGCCUCUAUCUCUGUCGGCCACAGAACCUACAGCUGCGGCCACACUCGCCCUAAAGCCAGCGAAGAAGGAAGGCCGCCAGGUGAUGUGGGCCACCUGGCCGCCGCUAGGUUCAUUAGGUAUAUGCAUUCUUAUUCCCUCCCUCCCCGAGAGGUGAGUCACAGCUGUGAGCAUUGCCGAGAGGCUGUAGGCGCCACUCGAAAUAAGAGUAGUGGGGCCAACCGCACCCAACGUAGGCACAUCACAGUGACUAUUAAGAAAAGGGACGCAAAGCCGGGGCACCCCUUACUUAGCCAGCUGCUCACCACCAAACAGAGACCUGCUCGCUACCGAGACCACCUUCUCAUUCCCUUAACCGGCACUCACGGCAAAUUAGUGGGGAAGAGCUCGGAGCGUAUCAAACCCAAGGAGGAAGAGUGCGCCAAUUGUAGACAGCAGAGUCGAUCGACAAAGGCCCACAUGCGAGACAUGGGCUUUGGACUAGAGCUGGGGUGGUCAAGCCAGGGAGGCUAUGGGGAGGAUGUUGACCAUGAUAUUAAUAAUAAUGAUGACGCUGCUCCUGAUGGUGUCUUUGAUGAUGACCAUGUCACGGGCAGCCCCGCCGCGGCGCCCUCACAGGGCCCGCCGAGCCCACUCUUCCCAGAUACUAGCAUUGCAGAGCCCACCCCUGCCUGCUUCAUACACGGGCACGGGCAGCCCCACAGGCAGGCACUCAGCGAGCACCCAGACGACCACCUGUUGUUAGCCAAACCAACCACCUUGCCACUUCCUUUGACCCCAGAGUCUCCAAAUGACCACAAGGGAUCACCGUUUGAGAGCAAAACCAUUGAAUGCACAUUAAGUGUGGAGAUUGCUGGAACCCCAGGUCUGACACCACCUACCACGCCCCCACACAAAGCCAGUCAAGAGAAUCCUUUCAAAGCAUCGCUCAAAACCAAGUUGUCUUCAUGUUCCUCCUCGGCCUUGGCGUGCAAAAGAGCAAGGCUGGUCGACUUGGGCCCCGGCCCCAACAGGAAGGGUCCUGAACAGACUGAGCUGUAUGCCCAGCUGAGCAAAGCGUCCACUGUCCUCCCGUGCCCCAUCACUCAACAAACGAAAGGGAGCAGUCUUGAGGAGCAUUGCAGUGCUAGCAACCAUAAACGGGUUCCUCCCCGUGGCUUCAGUGACCAUGACUAUUGUCAGGCGUCAGCGGGCACAAAGAAGAACAGCAAUACGGCCGCCGGUGCCAUGGCUUCAGUGGGGGAAGGUGCCACUGCUGCUUCUGUGCUUGCAGCAGGCGCAGUGGGGGACCAGCAUGUCGGAUGUAAGGACUCAGCCAUGCCUCCAUCCUCUUCACCUUCAUCAUCAUCUUGUCCUCUAGCUAAGCGGCAGAGUUUUGCCUCUGCGAUUGGAGAAGACGCUUGCGUCCGGGGAUUAGGGAAGGAGUCCCUUACCCAGAACUCCCAGGUCCUUUCGCAACAGGACAGCUCAUAUGUCCUCACCCGGAAGCUCCUGUGCGACCAGGAAAUCCGAGCUGAACUCAACAAGCACUUUGGCUACCCCUUAAAAGCUUUGUACAGUCAAAGUGAGUCAGGCAGCAAAUCGAACAGGGUUGGCCCCCCUCCAUCUCUUGAGGAAGAAGAGGUUGACUCCCAAAGGUUGCCUGGCUCCAGCUACCCUCAUUCGGGGCUCCUGUCACUCCGCGAUGAGCUUGAAUUGGGUGAGGGCCGUGAGAGUCGUUUCCUCUACCCGUGGGAGGGCACCCCUCUGGACCUACUCUUUGACUGCCCCCCAUGCUCUCCCUCCUGUUCCCCACCGUUGAGCUGCUCCCCUUCACGAGGCUCCGUCUCGCCGCCGUCUUCCCUCCUCCUGUCGCCCAGCAGGCCUUUCUGCUGGAGCGGCGGCGGGUCACGCUCCCGCUCCCGCUCCCGUUCUCACUCUGGCUCACACAGCUCUUCCUCAGGCUACCGGAGGCGCUCUCUCUCCAGCUCGCCUGAUAGACGGCCCUCUUCCUGGUGUCGCCACAACAAUGAAUUGAGCACUUUCCGUUCCAGGAGUCAUAAGAGCCCGCAGCCGCAGACGCGAUCUCCUCUCAGUCGCAGGCCAAGGUAUGACAGCUACGAGGAGUAUCAGCAUGAGAGGCUGAAGAGGGAAGAGUACCUUCGGGACAACGAGAAGCGGGAGUUCGAAAGGGCCGAGCAGAGGGACAGACAACGACAGAAAGCAAUUGAAGAGAGACGGGCGGUGUACGUGGGGCGAGUGAGGUCCGACUGCACCCGGACCGAGUUGAAGCGGCGCUUUGAAGUCUUUGGCGAGAUUGAAGAAUGUGCGGUGAACUUGAGGGACGACGGGGACAAUUUUGGCUUCAUCACAUACCGCUACACGUGCGACGCCCUCGCCGCCCUCGACAACGGACACACCUUGCGGCGGUCGAACGAGCCGCGCUUCGAGCUGUGCUUCGGCGGACAAAAGCAAUUCUGCAAAUCACAUUACACAGACUUGGACUCUCAUUCGGACGACUUCGACCCCACAUCCACCAAAAGCAAGUAUGACUCCUUGGAUUUCGACAGCUUGCUGAGGGAGGCCCAGCGCAGCCUGAGAAGGUAACCCGCUUGUGGCUCCAUGCCUCUCCCCCCACCCCCGAGGAACUUCUGAUACCUCACUCGCGUUUUUUUUGUUUUUUUUUUUCCCCCCCCCUGACGACGCGACACUGAGAAGUUUUACACUCGAUAUGUGGUAGAGUAUUUAAGAAGAGUAAGUCUACAGACCUCUUAUCUAUGAGAAUAUAUCCAAAAUGAAGUUUACAUGAACAUAACUGCUGAAGAGCUGAGGAAGCGACUUCUGGGAAAGCCAGUGAACCCUCAGAACCUGCUGCGCGGCUUUGACUGCUGUAGAACCAUAAAAGAAGGGAGGGGGGAAAUAAUAAUAAUGAAGAAUGCAAAGCACUACAAUACCCACAAUUCUUUGGAGGGGAUGAAAACAGCCAGCUUGUUCAGCCAGAUUGAUUUAUUUUGCUGUUGAUUUUGUUUUUUGUCGUCUUGUUUGGAUCUGGUGUUACAUUUCAAAAACAAGCGUUGAGGGAAUUGUAUCUCUUAUUGUCUACAUUUGAAAGAGAACUGUAGUUGUGUAUUUACAAAUAACUAAAAGGAAUAUUUUUUAUUUUCAUGUACAUACGGGAUAGAAAGUUAUUUGUUACAGCUAUGCACUGUAAAACGCAGCCUUUUUUUAAAAUGCGGAGAAAACAUUUUCUUAAUUCCGAAUGUCGAUGGAUGUCGAUAGUAAUUAUGAUACUGUAAAACAUACUGUACGCCUACAUGAUGUUUAGGAGACAUAUAAUGAUUGUAAAAAAAAAAAAAAAAAAGGCAAAAAAAAAGAAAAAAAAACUGAAGUGGCCGAUUGCUAUUUUUUUUUAAGCAUGUGAACAAACAUUUUUUUUAUUUUUUAAGUUAUUCAGUCAGGUUUCUCAAUCAGUGUUUUUCUCCAAUGUGAAAUGCAUUUUUUUACAAAUGUUUUUCAUGAUUAUCAAAACAAAAGACCUAAUUUUUUUAAUUGAUUAUUUCUAAAGCAAUCACAAUAUAUUGUGUAUAUAUUAUAUACGACGUAUGUGUGUGUGUAUGUACAUAUAUACUUGUAUAUGUAUCUGCAAUAUGGUUUGAUUUUAGUGCUUUGUAUGGUUGUCAUUGAUUCAACACAUGGAGAGGAUGAUGCAUAGGAAUCUUUUCAGUCAGCGGAAAAAUGCAUAUUUAUGUAUUUAUUUUCAUAUUUGAAUCAGCAAUAUUUAUGGCCUCCAUUUUACGUGAGUUUAUUUAAUUUUUUUUUUUUUUUUUAAUUUCAUUUAACGCUCAAUCACGAGACAGGGUGUCCAAUAAUUUCGAAGGUAGGGAAUAAUACGACCUUCUAUGCCUUUUUCCGAAACAAUCAGUACCUUCAUCUCGUUUCAUUUCAUCGAGUCCGCAGCACUUUCUUGCUUUGUUUUACUCCCAAGUAAAACAGAAAGCAAUAAACGGGGUUUCUUUGCAGGAAUUUCGCGCCGCUCUUAAAGACUUUGUUGCGUCUCCACUCUCACUCGAUUAUGUGAAUGCCAAACAAAAAGUUUACAGUUUCCUUUCUUGAAUUUAAAAAAUAAAAAAUAAAAAAAAUAAAAAAUAAAAAAAAAUCUUUUGGAAGAAAAGACAAAAACAUAUACUACUGAUAUUAUUCGCAGUAAUAACAAAAUGAGUAAUAAUAAUAUAAAUAAAAAGGGGAGAAAAUAUAUAAAAAGCAAUAAAUUAUUUUUCAGAAUUGUAUUUUAACGCUGAUUGUUGUGAUAUUUUUUGGUCUUGUUUUUUAAUUUAUUAUUAUUAUUAUUAUUUUUUAUAUUUUUGACCCAUUACCCAGUCGCUGUCGCUGUGACGUCAGCGCCCACGCGCUGGUCCCUUUAAGAUAUCUCUGUGGCGGUUAAAUGCACGCGUUACCUUCGUGACAUCCAUGUGUGGCAAACUCCCGACUUUUUUUUGCGCGUGUACAACCGUGUUCGACGUGGACGUGUUCAUCGUUUGGUCGUGCACGUGGCGGAUAGCGAGAAGGUGCUGACAACACGGCGGAAACAAACAAAGGGAGAACACAAGAGAAGAAAAAGUGUUUCCAUCCAUUGUUUUCUUUACGUUGGCUGUCCUGUGUAGCGUUUGAGUAAUGGUGUCCCGUUUAAUAGAUGUGUGGCUUUAAUCAUUGUAAUAAAACUGCUUUGUAAAUGGCCUAGAGUAGCAAUAUAUUAGAGCAAUUUUUAAUAUCGUGACCUACCGAGGACUUUGCCACUGCUUUGUCGGGUAAUCAUGUUUUCUUUGGAAGGACAAUAUGUGCGAGUGUGAUUUUAGCCAGGUGUUUGUGUGUGGGAAUAAAGUUGUGCGUGUGUGUGUCCUGUCCACGUUGCCUUACCAAUGCCUUUGUGGUUCUACCUAUUGUACGAAUUUCUUGUGAAUUUCAUUUUUCAUGUGCAAUUUUCAUCAGCCUCACCAUGCCAAUA